AUGUCAAGCCCUGUCCUUAAGGCACUCGUGGCUGCAAGACAGAAAUGCCUGACGGAGGACGAGGCCUACUGGGACCCUAAGCCAGACUUCACACGGCCCGUCAGCGCCCGCAACGAGGCGGCUGCACUGUCCUGGAUGUUGGACCACCAAGCAGCGGUAUGCCGCGGCGGUCCUGCUGAUGUGGCCGAGUUGAGGGCCUUAUGCGCUAACUACUGCGUUCGCCUGGGAGCCGCAACCCCGCCGGAGCAGCAAGCAGAAGAGCAAGGGGGCGAGGAGAAGGCCACGGCGGCGGCGGCGGAUUCGGAGCCAGCCGAUGCAGGGCCAGACGGUGCCGUACAUGGGACUGCUGGAGAAGCUGCGGUCGGGUCUGGGCCAGAGGCUGCAGCUCGAGGCGGUCUGACGUCCUCCUCCUCCGGUCGCAGCUUUGGAGCCGGGUCUGUCGAGGAGGCGCUGCAAAGGUGGUGCACGCAACGGGGAGUCCGCGGGGCGGCCUCUCCGGCGCUCUUUGGUAGGGGCGGAGGCCAACGUGGAGGCGGGUCGAGUUCGGGGACAGCCGCCCAGCCGCCGCCGCCUCUGCGCGGCCUGCGGGCGGACACGGCGGUGGCUCCGGGCGAUGUCGUACUGCACGUGCCCGCUGACCUGCUCAUAUCGUACGAGACCGCCAAAAAGUCGGAUCUGGGCAAGGUGCUGUCCGCACUGCCCCUGGAUCUCAGCGAUGACAGCAUCGCCCUCAUCUGGACGUGUGUGGAGCGACACGAACCCGAGGCCCCACACGCGCCCUUCUGGGCGGCGCUGCCGCACAGCUUCUCCACGGCUCUCAGUGCCAGCCAGGAGGACGUGGCUCUGUUAGAGGGUACGCCGCUGCACGGCGACGCGGUCAGGGCGAGGCAGCACCUCAGUGAGGCCUUCGAAUCUUCCUCUCCCGCCUUCCGGUCCCUGCUGGGCGCUUAUCCGGACUACUUCAAACCUGAGUGGUUCAGUUGGGAGUCGUACCUGUGGGCAGCGGAGCUGUGGUACUCGUACGGUAUUCAGGUUCAGUUCGCAAGUGGCGACAUCCGCACUUGUCUGGCUCCGUAUCUGGGCCUUAUGAACCACCACCCCCUGCCCCAUGUGGUGCACUUCAGUAAAGUGGACCCCGAGACCGGAUGCCUCAGGGUGCGCGCCUUCCGUCCUUGCGAAGCCGGCAACCAACUGUUUCUGUCGUACGGGCCGUACUCUAACGCCAAACUGCUGCUGUUCUAUGGCUUUGCGGUGCGUGACAACCCGGCGGAUGAAGUGGAGCUGGUGUUGCAGGUGCCCCCGGGGGCCGCUGCAACAGACCGCCGGGCACUGCUUGCGGCGGGUCUAUCCCUGGAGCAUCGUCUGAGAGCUGGAGGCCGCCUGGCGCCGCCGCUACUGUCGUGCGCCCGCCUGCUGGCGGCACCGCCGCCGCUACUCAAGCAGUGGCGGCGCAUGCCGCCGGCGGAGGUAAAGGCGGCGGUGGCGGCGCCUAUCGAUGCGGAAUCCGAAGCGGUGGCGAUGGGGUUGCUGGGGGACGCUAUCGAGGCCCUUUUGCGGCCUGCCCGGGAUUGCGCGGCGCGGUUAAGGAGUCAGGAGGUGGGGAAGGAGGCAAGGGAGGGGUUCGCGGCGGCGGUGGGAGGGGAGGAGCAAACCGCGGUCGGGCCGGGGACGGAGCUGCGUCGCUUCGCCCGCGUGUACGUGGACGGCUUGGUCCGUGUGUUAGAGGAUGCCCUGGCGGCGGUACGACGGGGCCCUAUAUCGCCGCGCAGUAAUGCUGCCUAAUCAGGCGCUGACCUAUGCGUACGCUCCGAAACAUCGGGAUGGCUAUGAGCAGGGCACUAACAGGAGCCGAGUUGGGAGAGGUGUGGGCCGUGAAGGGGGAGACGCAAGGUUUGUGCAGCGGGCGGAGAAGGGAGGGAGCUUCGCGGGGAUGCGGUGU